AUGAACGGAUCUGCGGCAGCGGCAUCGCCGGCUCUCUUGGACAAGAAGGCGGCCAAGCUGAAGUAUAAGGAGGAGAGGAAGAGGAUCAAGGAGAAGGAAAAGGAGAUGAAGGAGCAGAAGAAGAAGGAGGCCAAGGAGGCCAAGAAGCGCGGCAAGGGCUUCGUGGGUGCCUCCAUCAGCGGGCCUACCAACUUCUCGCACGACACCCACGUAGGCUGGGACAUGGACCACGGCUUCGAGGUGCGCAACAUUCCAGCCGAGUGGAAGCGACUGUUCAUGGAGGCGGGCGUCAAAAAGAGCGAGCUCCAGGACCCGGAGACCAGGAAGGCCAUCCUCAACGCCGUUCGCCAGUCUGUCUACGGCGCGCCGCCCGCGCCUCCAUCCGGCGUGCUGGGCCCCGGCUUCAAGGGCCAGGCCCUGUGGAGCGAAGACGGCAACUGGUACCAGGCGGUGGUCGACUCCAUCAGCGAUCAGGACGGCGUCAAGUACUACGCGGUCACCUUCACCGAGUACGGCAACCAAGAAACGGUGACGGAGAGCGGAUUGCGAAACGCGGAUGGAUCGCCGAUCGACGGUGGUGGCUCGUCGUCGGCGCCCGGCGCCCCGGCGCCACCGGCCGGCGGAGUCGACCUGGCGGCGCUGCUGCAGGCCAAGGCCAACGCGCUCAAGACGCCCGAUCUCACCAACAUGUCCGAACAGCAGGAGGGCAACAUCGUGGACGCCAUCCAGAACGCGCUCUCGUCCCGCAGGCAGGGCAUGUGCUACUCGGUCUACGGGCAGGACGCCGGCCAGGACGGCUGGGACGAUGACGACGACGAGUCCUGGAUGGACUUCUAA